AUGUUACCGAGUACUUCAAAUGCUAAUAAUUCAAUAAUUUAUGGAAAUAAUAAUAUUUCAAGUAAUAGUACCAAUAAUAUUAGUACCGCUACAACAAGUCAGUCAGCAACAAAACUCAAUCAUCGUUUUGUUUCAACAAACCAACAACCACAACGGGGGAUUAUUAAAAAUGUUGGAGCAGCCGAAAUGAUCUCACAAAUGGUCUCAUCAUCAUCGUUAUCAAAUCAUCACCAUCAUAUCAAUAAUAAUAGUAAUAGUAAUUCAGCAGCAUUAUUAACAAAUCAUAAUAAUAAUGAAGAUCGUCGUACACGUCGACCGUUUAAGCCAUCAACUGUUUGGGAUCAUUUUUUACGGCAUUCGGAUGGUAACGUACAAUGUAUACAUUGCGGUAAAAUAUUAAAACGUAAAGAUAGUUCAACGAAAACAAUGUGGGGACAUUUGCGCGCGAUACAUUUUAAAGGAAGUGAUUGGACGGCAUUACAAAAGCAACAAAAUACGAAAAAGACUGGUGCAAUUAUACAGGAAAAUUCAACAAUACAAUUUGAUAAUUGUACAAUUGAUGAUGUAAAUACGACAACAAGCUCAGCGCAAAGUUGGCUAGAAAAACAACUUGGUAUUUCGAGUGAUAAUAAUUCACCAAUUUAUGAUGAGAAUCAUCAUACUGAUAAUAAAAAUGAUUUAUUAUGUGAUGAUCCGCCACUCGAUGAUAAUGAUUCGAAUGAGACUCCAAUCCAUUCAUAUGUUAAACGAAGUCGGUUAUCAACUGAUAAUUCAAGUAAAGAUUUUUCGAAUGCUACUGAUAGUUUAAAUGCUGUUCGAGCUGCUCUUUCACAGCAUAAACAAAAUGAGGUUUAA